UAUAUUGAGCAUUCCUAAGUGCAACUAUGAAUACUUAGCAUCUACUAGAGUAUUGUUUGGGGCCCCAUAAUCCUACUAAUAAUUGGGGAACACUUAAUUUAUAUAUUUUGUAAUAUAAAUACAAUUCUAAGGAGCUCGUCUUUAUUAGGAUCAGAAAAACAGCCUUUUUGGGUAAAAUCGUCAUAUACAUACAUAGAUAAAACCGCUUUAAAAAAUUUACAAUGGAAAUUACUUUGGCCUUAUUAAAACCGCACGUGGUGCGUAACACAUACGCGAUGCAGCAGUUAAAGAGCUUAAUUGGCAGUAAUUUUAAUAUCUUGGCAGCAAAGGAGCUACGAAUAACAAAACAACUUUCAGAGAGUUUCUACGCGGACCACAAGGACAAAUUUUUUUAUCAUCGCCUCACUACCUUUAUGCAGAGCGGCCCCUGCUACGCAAUUAUACUACAAUCUGAGUUAUGCAUACAAAAAUGGCGUCGACUCAUGGGUCCCACCAAGGUGUUUAAUGCAGUGUAUAACGAACCGGAGUGCAUACGCGCCCUCUAUGGACUCUCAGACACUCGCAAUGCCUGUCAUGGGUCAGAUAGCGCAAUCUCUGCGCGGCGAGAGAUUGCGAUGCUAUUCCCGGAGUUCGAUAUAGGACAAGCUUACAAUGAAAGGAAAGUCACACAAUCUAAAACAAUUAAUAAUUUCAUUUAAAUAAUGCAAAGUGAAUAUCACACUUUGAUAAUUGAUUGCAAACACCCUAUUUUUGCUUUACAUUUAUUGUUUUAUGGGAUUAUGGGAAAAUAAUGAAAUAUUUUAUUGAUUAUGCUUUAAUAAUUCUUGUACCUCUUAUAAGGCGCCUCUCGGUAAUAGGGUAAGCCAGAGCUCUGGAGGCCGUAUUGGGACGUAUGAUGGCAUCAUUUGUGAUGUACCAAGGAAGGCCGGCCAACUUGCUUGUCGCCUGGGCGCAUAAUACCCUUAGCAGUAGGUGGACCGAUGCCGUACCCCAAACUUGGAAGGCGUAGGUCCGACGUGAACAUAACACGCAGAUUUAGCCUUAAUAAUUGUGAUAUUCUUAUCUGCUAUCCAUAUUUCGACCUGUAGCAUCCAGUCUUGCACUGCAUCUGUUGCAACUUGGCUUGAUGUGAUGCCAGUCGUCAGCGUGCGUAGCUAGCAGUAGUCCCGCAGGAUCAUCAGUGGUGUUGUUACACCCAGCCGCUUAUUUUUUUUUUAAUAUUAUUUUAUAACUAGCGGGGAUUGCCCGGCACUGCCUGUGGAAAAUUUGAGGCUAAAAAUUUAGAUUACCUUUCCACCAAGUUCACGACCGUGGAAAAUUAAAAUCCCCCCUACCAACUUGAUUUACACUUCUAUCCAAAAAUAGGUAGAAUUAAUAAGUAAAUGUUGGAAUCAGCGGUUUUUUUUUGACCAUGUUAGUCUUGUGGUGAAAAUUGUGAAGCCGAAAAAUAAAAAGCGGUAAACUCUCAUCCGCAUUUACCAUCUCUUAGAUGAAAAGAAAAGGAAAAGUGUGAAACACGUCUAAAAUUAAUUUUCAUAAAGAUCUUUGAAAAUAAUAUUGAAGCCGAUCGAAUAGUAAACAAAAACUUUCAAUCAAACGUUUUCCGUCAAAUUUCCACACAGAUUCUGCAAAAAGUUUAAGGCACGUCUCAAAUAAUUUCCCGUAAAGAUCAUUGGAAAUGAAUUUGAAAGUGAACCUUCAGCUAAACGAACCUUCAGCACGUAAGGUAAUCAAGGACAAGCUGGUAGUGCCUGUUCUGCUAAAGAAAUCCCAACAAGCUGCUCAUUCCUGAUGCCACUCAUGUCGAAGGAAGCAGACAGGAAAAUAUAAGGCAUCCAGAACAAUUAAGAAGGCCAAAAUGACACCAAUUAAUUUAAUAAGUGGUCGGCCAGAUGCAGCCCCUACUUCUGACACUGCGGCUGUUACACUUCGCAAUAACCGAUAUAAAGCCCUAGCUGAGGAAGCUGACAACGUUAUGGAACUGGAUUCCUUAUCAGAUAGUGCAGAAAACUGGCCCUUAACCAGCGCAAAUAGUCAACCUGACCGGACGAAUCAAAAUAAGACGUCUCCUAAAGCUCCAGCAAUCUGUGUGUUUCCAGUUAACAAACUUCCCGAGUUGGAGCGGGCACUCAACGCUAUUGUAGCAGAAAUAGAAUACGACGUGCAAAAGGAAAAAAGCAACUCGUUUAAGCCAGCUGCUGGUUUUCCAGAAAAUGGGCUUACGUUUUUUCACAAGCAAAACAUGCAUGCCAAUGCAAGUACCGGACAAGCAUAUGUAUAUCCCGGCUGUAUUCUCUAAAACGGCUUUUCUUAUGCUGACAUGGCAAGGUCAGGAAACGUAGUACAUAAAAUGACUGCUGAGAAAAAUGUCGCCACAUUAAAGGAAAAAGAAAUGGAAGAUUUAGGGUUUAGUAAAAAGUUUCACCUAUUAGAGAAAUCAAUUCACGACUUAAAUUUGAGAAUGGAUUAAAUGUUCAAACUGAUACAGGAGACGAUGGAAGCAAACAAAGCUUUUCGUAACAUGGUUGAGCAUCUCAUCUCCCUAAAAUCCAAAUGACCGACCCGUAUUUAAAAAUCGGAUUGUGGAACUCAUUAGGUUUAUUUAGGAACAAUGAUGAACUUAGGGUCUUCCAUAGUAGCUACACUACAGACAUAAUGCAGAUAACUGAAACACACAUGUGUCUUGGAUUGAAAACGUUUUUGGCCGGCUAUUACCAUGCUUAUCACCCCAGUGGUAACUGCAGAGGUUACGCCGUGGACAUUGUCCGAUCUUCUGUUCGUCACUUUCAGAAUAAGCCCAUGGCGAGCAAGCAGGCCAAAUUGCUUGGUGGGGCAACGUAAGCACGUGUCCUCGAGGAAAACGCGUACAGAAAGCCAUAGCCAGCUGCUCAUGCCAAGUCCUGGCCACAGGCAACCCAACAUUUUAUUCGUAUCAGCUCACCACGUCUGCUGGACUUUUUCAUAACAAACGGGAUCGCUUGGGAUAGGCUCACAGACAGACACUGGACAGAAGAAUAAAUGUCAACAUGGUGUUAAGCGUUGCGGAGGACAUUGAGGACACAAUCUAAGGCAAUCAGCAAUUUGCACUUCGCCUAAGACGCUUCAACAACCGAAUCAACGAUGGGAAGUGCAGCUGCCGAAAAAAAUUAGUCAGAGCACUAACGAGAAGAGUCAGAUGAGAAUAUGUCAGAACGGGAGAUGAACGUGCUCAUCUAAUCCAUAGAAGGCUUGUCAAUCGUCUACAAAAUGUUCUAAAUAGGUACAAACAGUCUCAAAUUGAUCGACUUCUGGACGAUGCAGGAACAGAUGCAUCUACAGACUAUUCGCUCUGGAAACUGACAAGCCGCUUAAAAAGACACAAUUUUUCCAGUUAGUGAGAGCUUGAGAGUUGUCGACAAAUCGACUCAUACGCGCCGGAGUCCCAGUCCAAGGCAGCGUCCUCGAUCCUAUUGCCACGUAUACAGAUGACACUGCUGUGCUGACCAGCAAUCCUCUAAUAGGCACUGCCACAGAGGCGUUAAAAGAAUACCUGGGUAGCUUCGAAACAUCGGCCUUAGAAUGGAAUAUCAGCAUCAAUAGUUCAAAGAUGAUAUGGCUACUUUCUGCUAAGAACAAGCUUUCGCUUAAAAACAAAGAAAUGAUUUAAAAAUCAAUACUGACUCCUAUAUGGACCUAUGCAAUGUAAAUGUACGGGAUUGCCGCAGAAUCCCAACUCAACAAAAUAAAAGUAGCGCAGAGCAAAAUUCUUAAAAGGAUAAGGAUAGGAUGCGUACUAGGGACAUAGAGAGAGACCAAGGAGUUCCCAAUGUAGGAGACGUAAUCCGUCAGAAAGCCAAAAGAUACCUUGAGAGCCUGCUCCCAUCCCAACCCACUAGCAGGCGCCUAACUUCUCAUAGAAAAACAAGAAUAAAGUGUCCCAUUAGAGGAGACAGACGUCUCUCUAGGGCCAAAAAGAGAAGACAAUCGGUGCCGUCCACAGGAUUUACCUAACAGGUUCCUAUAUGACAUCUCGUUGAUAAAAUAUUAUAUUCGAGGCCGGCGUUCUCUCGUUGCGAUUUAUCGUGUUCCGCUAAAAAGGCUACUUGGUAUAUCUAUGCUUUGUAUGGUUAGUGCUCUUGGUCUUGCUAGUCCCAUAAUAAUAAAAUCUAAAUUUUUUAUGCUGAAUCUCGAGAUAAAAACUGGACUGGGAUGAGAGUCUGCCUGUACACUUAAGCACAGCCUGGGUCAACUUUUUCGCAAAUUUUGAGCAUACACAGAAUUUUCAGUAUCCCCGUCGUGCACUCUCAUCAGACAGUACAGUGGAGAUUCACGAAUUUUGUUCUGCCAGCCUGACCGCUUAUGAAGUAUGCGUCUACGCAGUCUCGAAGUGCCAUGGCAACGUCUCUUAUGCUCCAAAAUCUGGAACUCUACGGAGCAGCAAUACUGGCUCAACUUCUCUGCGGAACAUGCCAUAUGAAAGUGUCCGACUGUCGGAUUUGCUGUCAAUCAAACGAAAUUCAAUGUUUUCGUUGCCAAUCGGGUCGCAGCUAAGAGCUCACCACUGGCAUGGAAUGGCAUCACAUUCCCACUGAGUUAAGCCCUGCGGAUACAAUUUCACGGGGAGCGCUGCUUGGUGAGCUCUCCCGGUUCCAUUGUUGGCCCAUGUUCAUUACUUCUCAGCAAGGGAAAGAAAGGGUGACCAGCCUCCUAUGUGCCCGUCGAAUACUUGGCAAAACUUCGUCACAAGGUACUACUCGGAAGUGCAGAGCAACUUGAUCUCUCGAUUGGCUGCAAGUUUAUCAACACGUUCUCCAAGUUGCAACGGGUCUUUGCUUAUUUUUACAAAUUUCUAAAUCGAAUCUGAGGAGCUGUAGACCACGUGUAUCAUGGCACACAUUUGCUGCAGCGAUCAGCUCAAAUGGCUACUCUUGGCGAUGACUACAAGGCACUGAAGGAAGGAAGGCAUGUUAAAUCGUCUAGCUCAAUGAUCUCUCGCUCCAUUCCUUGACGACUUCGGCCUUCGCAUCGGUGCACGGCGGAAUAAAUCUUCGUUGAACUUCUUAACGCGACAUCCGAUUACAUUGUCAGCAUCUUGCAACGCGAACAAUAAUAGUUUACUUUCAUAAAUGGAAAUUACAUGCUGAACGUCGAACCUUAUUGCCUUCGAUUCGGCUCCAAAUCUGCAUGAUUUGGCCCAAUCGGCCCAUUGGCGGUCGAAAAAUGUCUCCAGUGUUGUUGCCAAAUGCACAAAGUGCGCAACAGGCCAGCAGUGAAAUGCUAUAUCAACCUGUUCAUAUGCUUCACUACAAAGGCGGUGCACUAAUAGCUUGUGAUUGACUUGUCUACAACAUCACUUUUCAACGCUCUACAACGGUUCAUCCUAACUCGACUUUGACCUGCAAGGAUCUGGUCUGAUCUGGAUUGAGGUGCCAAGAAUGAACUGUCAGAUCUGACCCGGCUGUUCCUUAGUGACCAUGUCAAGGCUGUUCACGAGUUUUGCCUAUCCUACACAAUUUAAUUGUUGUACAUCCCUCCUCGCUCUCUGCAUUUUGGCGGACUAUAGGAAGCCGCCGUGGAAACUGCGAAGCACCACUUUUAUUGCUUUGAUGGCCCUUCCAUUCUGGAUUUUGAUUCGCUGCGCAGGCUCAUCUGCCACAUCACGAAAAUUAUUAAUUCUCGACCAUUACUUCCACAUUCAACGCAUCCAGGUGACCUUGACAUGUUGACACCCGCAAGCUUCCUGGCUACACCGCCAUCUGCGUUAUACAUUGAGCUUGAUAUAAGAGAGCUUAACUUCAAUCAGCUUAACUAUAUUCAUAUCAUAUCUCGAAGAAUAGACGACAAGUAAGAAAAAACAAUGGAGUCAGGUGGGUGACAAAACCCAGGGGACUGGCGUACGCUGGACCCAUCAGCGAUGCAAGCUGGUGGCAAUUGCCUACGAAUCCUAGAUGGAUAAGGAGGGCCGCGCCUAAAUGAUGUUACCGAGAUCAGAGUGGACGCACUGAUUGCCACCGAGGUUGGGCAAACCAUCGCCGAUCUCGAGGAUGUUACCUAUUCUCCCGAGACUUUUCCCUAGUCGCCUGCAAGGCCACCUCCAAAUAUUUCGGAACAUACCUGGCGUAACUGCCUUGAAUAUUUAGAGGACCUCGAAGAGCCAUCACAUAUGGUAUCGCCUUCGAUCGUAGUAGAAGUAUACUGUGACAGAGCCCCCCUGUGGCUCUUGAGUAGCUGGCUGAGGGAUAGCAUGCUAAUGCUUAUCAUGCCCUCAACGCUAGAGCACAACAUUCUGGGUAUGAAUAUCCUUUGUGCGAUGGACACCACUAUGCGAUACGGCAGCUCCCAACUGGUCCUAGAAACGAGGCCUGAGAUGCCAGCCUCGGGCGAAGGGCCAAAAAAAGGCCUCCCACUUCAGCGAAAGGGAGUGCGUGCUUGGCAACCGAACGAAGAGAACAGCGAGAAAGAAGGUGUCAGGGCCCCGCUCGGAGUCAGACAGAACCCACGACGGUCCCAAAAAGUGGUGGGCUGGACUGCAGCUGUGUUGGUCAUCGGAUUAGUAGGGCGAAAAUAUGCCAGAACACGGAGCGGCGUCCAUCGAGGGAUAAGAAAGGCGGAGUGAAUCACCCGCAGAGGAGGCUGAGUGGCCAGCGGACCUGAGUCCUGAACUGAGGAAUUUGCUGGAGUGGGUACUGGCACUCGGCUAGUGUGGUCGAUGUGGAUGAGCCGAUACAGGUUCCAUCGAGCCGUUGCGUAGUCCUCACAGCGCAUCAAUCUUCUUAAUCAAGAAGAAGACUGGAUAAUAACGCAUGUUCAUAAACUACCGAAGACUAAAUGUGCACACCAUUCCGGAUGUUUACCUCUUCCCUAUAAUCAACCACAUCCUCGACCGGUCUUGUCAAGCUCGCUUCACGACGUUUACGGUGUUUACGGCGCCCGGAACAAGUUUGUUACGAUGGCGGGUGAUGUAAUUUGGCCUACAUUCAACAUCCUCUAACUUACAGCGGGCAUUCGACAUAAUAAACACACAGUAUUGGCCGAGUCCCCCUGAAAAUGGGUCUCGACUAUGCGUGCCAAGACCGCCGAGGAACCUGUCAUGCUCUCCGACUAUAUCAAGGAGAAAGGACAUUUGGGCCACCGGAAGAACGACGAGGACUAUAUUCUCUGGACACUUAACGUAUACAGUUAUCAACGGCAAAGAGUGCUGCGGGAAUGUCACGAUGCACCCACGGCUGGACGCCAAGGCGUGAGGAAGUUCGUGUGUGAUAAAAGAGUACUGUUGUACGAAUUUAUAAGUCCUUCCUGAAAUACUUGUGGUAGAAAGUCCAAUACACUGCUCCCUACUGACCCCGAGAGGAUCCCAAUGAGAGGAUCAGCAGGACGUUAAACACCAUGAUAUCGCAAUUUUUCGAGAGCUAUCAGAGUUCGUGGCACGAUAUCACUCGAUAUCGGUUAACUCCAGUGUGGCGGACUUGACGGGUUCAGUCCCGCCUUUCCCAUGCAGGACAGAGAACAGCGUGUGUCCGCCGCAUUAUUCGAUCAGGUUACUUCGGGGUCUACAACUAGCACAUUCGACUCCAGGGAAAGGGCUGUAGAUUGAGAUAAAUUUUUAACCUUGUCCACGGUAAUCUGCAACCUGCUUCAAAGGGUUAAGGCGGGCACUACAACUUGUUACAAUGAGAAUGGCGGCCUUGGUUGGACUCGAUGUUCCUUAGUACGCAGCACUAAUUGUCCAAGGCCACUGAGGGCUUUGCCGUAAAUUUUACGUGCUGUAUUCCCCAACAUUUUACGUCUCGUUACAUCCGGCGAGCGUAAGAACACUGGCCAAUAUUGCUCAAUAAAAAUCUUUCUUUCAGGGAACGACUAGCGAAGACGAAGAGGCACAAGGCCGGAUUGACUCAAGCGCCAGUGAAGAGAGUAAGCACGUCCCUUUCGCUAGCCAUAACGCAACGCCUUGGUAGUCUUCUGAUAAUAAUCGUGGAUUUAUCCUAAUCCUAGUAAAAUGGAGCAAUUAUAUUACGUAGAUUGCUAGUUAUGUAAUGGAAUUUUUAACAUAUUUUAAACAUAAUAUCGAAACAUUAAUUGAACUUGAACUUCGCAAUCCGGCGUUCAACCUAACCCUUUUCCUUAAAGUAAAAGCGCUGUGUUGAGGCUGAGUCCAGGCGUCAGAAAGAGAGCAAUCCCGGUAUGUGUCUUUAGUAUACGACUAACCUGACGUAAGUGAAGACCAUUGAGGUAAGCUCAAACAGCUCUGUAACAUGAAUUAUGCUUUGCCUGAUGGAUCUAUACUGGUUGUAGAUAACAGUGUCACACAUAGGGUAUCGACGUCGUCUGUAUUCAUAAAGCAGAAAAAAACGAUCAUAAUCUUCGACAACACCACAGCUGUCGCACUGAACGUAAAGUAUAAAAUAGACGCACUACGAGUAUUUAUUGCGGGGACUAAGAAAAGAGAUCAAGAAGAGAAGCACUUUAGUAGCACUAUAGAAUAGGCAACAAGGAUGUCCUUAUGUACCUCCUCAAAAACAAGAACAACCGCAACGGAUAUAAACAAUUCGUUAUGUUUUAGGCAAACCACACAACAUCAACAAAAUGUCCUAGGCAAUACAUUUAAUGACUUUGAAAGAAUAAAAAUUACACAACAGGAGCUACCUAUUAAUUACGAAAAUAUCUUAAAAUUACCCCUGUUGCGGCCCAUAGAGUCUUCAAAUCGACAACAUACGGACAUUUUCAGCGGCGACGUCACCCCAUGUGCUUCGGUCUAACCUUUUGAAGCCAGCUAGAAUACGAUUGUUGAGAAUGUCAACCGAACGCACAAGCUUCGAGUGCCAUGUGAUCAGUGCCACGCCGUACCACGCUCAGCGCACAACGUCGCUGCGGCUGAUUUUCUUUCUGGAUAUAUAUGUACAUAUGUUUUUCUUGAAUUCUUUACAGCCCAGAGACAUAUGUGUAUAUAUACACUGCAUGGUUUUAAAAAACCAUAGGCGAGAUACAUACGUAUGUAUUUAUUGUGUGGAUGUGCGCAAAUGCUAUUAAUGCGUUUGUGCCAGAUUAUCGUCUUCAAUACGUCGGCGUAAGGA